UGAAAUCCAGCCGCGAAGUGUCAGGCGCUCCCUCGGGGGAGGGAGAGGUACGUUUCCCAGCAAGCUCCGCGGGCUGAAGGGGAGAUAUUUGCGAGGCGGCGCGGGCAGUUGCGCUCAGAGAGAGCCGCUGGCGUGGAGCGCGCGGCCGGUAACGCUCCGGGUAGGGCAGACUCCGGCCGGGCUCGCGGCGGCCGUUUCCGAGCCGCCCACCCCUCGCGGCGGCGCCAUGGGGCCGCAGGAGCCGGCGCGGAGCGGCCCCGCCGCCCUGUCCCCGGCAGCGCUGGGGAAGCUGAAGCAGCGGGCGGCGGAGUGCAUCGAGCUGAGCGCCGGGCGGCUGGGCGCCCUGAGCCGGGAGAUCUGGAGCCGCCCCGAGCUGGCCUACGAAGAGCACCAGGCGCACGGCGCCAUGACCCGCUUCUUCGCCUGCGCCGAGCUGCCGGGGGCCGCCUGGGCCGUGCAGCCGCACUACAAGCUGGACACGGCCUUCCGGGCCGAGUGGGGCUCCGCCGCCCCGGCCCCGCGGCCGCUGCACUUGGGCUUCCUGUGCGAGUACGAUGCGCUGCCCGGGAUCGGACACGCCUGCGGCCACAACCUCAUCGCCGAGGUGGGGGCCGCUGCGGCCCUGGGCGUGAAGGGCGCCCUGGAAAGUCUGCCCCAGCCGCCCCCCGCCGCAGUGAAGAUCACGGUGCUGGGGACUCCUGCAGAAGAAGGUGGAGGCGGAAAAAUAGAUCUUAUAGAAGCUGGUGCUUUUGAUGAUCUGGAUGUUGUUUUUAUGGCCCAUCCAGCACAAGACGAUGCUGCUUAUUUUCCUGAUGUGGCUGAGCAUGAUGUGACUGUGAAAUACUAUGGAAAAGCUUCUCAUGCUGCUGCUUAUCCUUGGGAAGGAAUAAAUGCAUUAGACGCUGCUGUUCUUGCAUACAACAAUCUGUCAGUUUUAAGACAGCAAAUGAAACCAACCUGGAGAGUUCAUGGCAUAAUAAAAAAUGGUGGCGUGAAACCUAAUAUCAUCCCUUCUUACACUGAACUAGAGUUUUACUUGCGUGCCCCUUCACUGAAGGACCUUGCCAUUCUGACAGAGAGAGCUGAAAAUUGCUUCAAAGCAGCAGCUGUGGCUACAGAAUGCAAAGUGGAAAUCAAAGGUGGAAGGCAUGACUACUACAAUGUGCUUCAGAACAAGAGCCUGGAGAAAACUUACAUAGAGAAUGGAAAGGAGCUUGGAAUGAAAUUCCUUUCAGAUGAGUCUUUUUUGAAUGGUCCAUCAGGUUCCACUGACUUUGGGAAUGUUACAUAUGUGGUUCCUGGGAUUCAUCCCUAUUUCUACAUUGGCUCAGAUGCAUUGAAUCAUACUGAGCCAUACACUACAGCUUCAGGGUCUCAAGAAGCACAGUUCUACACUCUACGUGCAGCAAAAGCUUUGGCAAUGACUGCACUAGAUGUUAUCUUCAAGCCAGACCUGUUGGAAAAAGUCAGAGAAGACUUCAGACAAAUGACACUAAAAGAGGAAGGCCACUUAAAUAAUCCUCAGACAGUGAAAACUAAGAAAAUCUGCAUUUCACCAUACACAGGUGAAAAGAAACAGCAUGAAGUCUCCUUCGGACAACAGAUUCCAUGUCUCCUUGCUCUCAGCUGGAAAGAACUUUAUCUAGAGGUCACUCUCAGGAAAACGCAUUUCAAAGGGUGACUGCAUGAUACAAGUGAGGGGCAAAACAACCCCAGGUUAUCUCUCCCUAUUCAUCUCUCUUUUUCACCUAAGAAGACAAAAGAAACCGUCUAUAGACUUUGGAAAGCAGAUCCUAGCCUGAGAGUUUGGUCAGCAAUGUACUGAAAACAUGUAAUAAGAACUUCACCUUGAACCAAGUCUAGUUUGUUAAGUUUAGGAAGCAUUUUGUCUUUGUUUGUCUUGUAACCAUUUCUGACUUUAAUGGCUCAUAGCUUGUAAGUGAGUACAAGUCAUCUCUUUGUGGUUAAAUAAACUUGUUUUGUUCUUUAA